AUGGGGACUGGAAUAAUCUCGAUUCUACUGUCCAAAUUGCCAUAUAAUGGAACAUGGAUCUAUUGGAUAUCAGCGGCCAUCUUCGUCCUAGACAUCUCAUUGUUCACUCUUUUCUUCUCCAUAUCGGCCAUGCGAUAUCUAUGCUAUCCGGAAAUCUGGAAGGCAAUGGUAAAACACCCUGUGGAGUCGCUGUUUUUAGGGACAUUUCCCAUGGGUCUCGGUAUCAUUAUUCAGGGGAUUAUAAGCAUAACUGUACCACAUUGGGGUCCAUGGGCGGUUACUCUUGCUUGGACGCUAUGGUGGAUUGAGGUGGUGACCUCUGUCGCAAUAUGCUUCUACCUGCCUUUCAACACGUACGUCCUGGCUUCAAUGAUCUCUUCUGUGACGACUUUCUGGCUCCUGCCAAUUGUUUCGACAGUCAUUUGCGCAGCCACCGGAGCCAUCGUUGCAGACGCUUUAACUAAUUCUGCACACGCUCUAUGGACACUGAUUGUCAGCUAUAUUCUCUGGGGAAUUGGCAUACCUCUCGCUACAUUCACGUUGAUGCUUUAUUACCAUCGCUUGACAAUGCACCAAAUCCCCCCACGAGACAUUGUUUCCUCCGUAUUCCUUCCCUUAGGACCACUUGGUGAAGGAGGAUUCGGGAUCAUGAAAUUAGGGCAAGUUUUAAUGAAAGUCAUCCCUGCGACACAUACACUUAUACCUGAGGCUGGCCCGACUGUGUAUAUAUUUGGCUUCUUGACCGCCCUUCUGAUGUGGGGCUUUGCACUUGCGUGGUUGUUUUGGGCCUUCGCUUCUUUUGGCAGAGCGAAGUCUCCGUUUAACAUGGGUUGGUGGAGCAUUGUUUUUGCUACUGGUGUCUUCACUGGGUCAACCAUAACAUUGGGGCAGGAGAUGGGUUCUAGAUUUUUUGAUGUUCUCGGAACA